AUGACUUACAGUGGUUUGUCAUUUUUCCAUACUUCCAAUAUUCUCGUGCAAGUUGCCCAAGGAAAUGAAACAGGAGCAAAUGUCAGCAAUCACGGUCAAUCAGGAAACCAGUCACAGCCUAGAAGUCCCAGUCAAUCUAUGCCUCAAGGGUUACAAAACCCCUUAGCAGCAGCAACAAUUGUACCUACACUUGCUACGCCAAUUCCUGAUUCCCUAAACACACUUUCCAAGUUUAUUAACCGCAUGGAACAGGCAUUAUCACAGAAUGCAUAUCAGCCAAACCACCCUUCAGUUAGUACAGAAGGCAUACCGGCUGUAGAAUUGCCUUCAAAUGGUCAUGGUUUGCUAUCACCAACAGCUUUGGCAGUUGUUCUGCGACGUACACAACGUCUUCUCAGCGGGCCCGCUAUUGAUUCUUUAUCUCAUACAGCAGGACGACUAGAGGAAGAGGAGCAUACUACUAAUGUCACAGUGAGAACCCAGAUUCAGACAGAGGCCAUGCAGUCUGGGAUUGCAAUGCAACAUUUGGGCGCUCUUCUGCUAGAACUUGGUCAUACAAUGCUAACAUUGCGUAUUGGACGGUCUCAUGUAACGGAGUUGAGAGAUAAGUUGUCAAGGGUAGAAGAGGAACUCGAGACCGAACGGAAGAAUAGGGCAGAUUUGGAAGCCAGACAAGCUGCCUCGACAGUUGAACAGGCCAGACAAGCUGCGUUUAUGCGGCAGUCAGGAUACGUUUUCCCACCUCCCCCAGAUCCUGAUAGUUAG